UUUGGUGCCGCACGCGUGCCGUUCAAGUCGAAAGAAAUUGGUUAAAAAUUAAGCUGAAAUAAACGCCGUACAGUUUGUUUAUAUUUUAUACAAUAUUCGCAACGAAAUUCACCAAAUUCGAGUGUCGCGUGUGGCCAACAAACGAAGUGGCAGGAAAACAGUUGUUGCCAGCCAGUUAACACCCACAUCAACAUCUGCCCCACGACUUAACCCACUAACACAAAAUGUCCACGCCGAAGGAUCCGAACAGUAAAUACGACCUGAGCAAAAUAUCAGCCCGGGUGGAUAAGGUGAAUGUGAGCGGAUUGCAGCGCACCCACGACGACUAUGUGAUGCGAGCAGCCGAUGGCCUGUUCAAGGCGAGCAACUUUCAGGAGAUGAUGCUGGAGGCGAUGGCAGCCAAAUCGUACCUGCACGAGCUGGGCAUCUUCAAGGACGUGAGCGUGCACAUAGAUAUUAGCAGAGGUGCGGAUGCCACACCACAGGGCUAUGAGGUGACGCUGAAGGGCAAAGAGUUCACACGCAUCAUGGGCUCGGCGGGCACUGAAAUUGGCCAAAACGAGGGCUCGCUGCGCACCGAGCUGACCAUACCGAAUAUACUGGGACGCGGCGAGAGUAUAUCGCUGCAGGGCAGCUACAGCAGCACCAGGGCAAACGAUCUGCAGCUCAAGUUCUGGAAACCUUUCUUUCACACGCGUUUUCGCGAGAAUCGACCCGAAGCAUCGUUCAGCUUAUUCAGACAAACAGAUCGGUAUGACAUCAGCUCGUUCCAGACAACCAACUUGGGCUACUUACUAGACUUUAGCGCACACACAAUGCUGGGCGUUGAUCUCACACACUCGCUGCAGUAUGAGAACUCGAUCAGGGACCUGAGCUUAUUGAACAAAUCGGUGCCGUUCGGAAUACGCGAUCAUUGUGGACCCAAAUUGGCAUCGCUGGUGCGUUAUUCACUAAUCUUUGACAAUCGGGAUGCCAGCGUCUUCCCCACGCGUGGCCUCCUGCUGAAGUCUGUGAACGAGUAUUGCGGCCUGGGUGGCAACGUUGCGUAUACGAGCAGCACGGCGCACGGGGAGGUAAAUGUUCCGUUAUUUGCGGGCUUGGUGGCCCAGUUCUGUGGACGGGUCGGCGUCGUCAAAGAGACGAAAAAGACGACAGUGCUGCCCAUCAGCAACCUAUUCUAUUGCGGCGGUCCGCUGACAUUGCGUGGCUUCAAGUACGGCAGCGCUGGACCCGUUAUCGAUGGUACGCCCAUUGGGGCGCAGACCUUCUGGUGCACGGGCGCCCAUCUGUGGACGCCGUUGCCGUUUGCAGGCGUCUUUAAGGGCCUGGCUAGUCAUUUCCGCAUGCAUUUCUUUUACAAUAUGGGCAAUAGCAAUUCCUUCUCGAUGGAGAACAUGCGUAGCGCUUAUGGCAUUGGUCUAGCAGUCAAGCUGGCGGAGCGUGCUCGCAUUGAACUGAACUACUGUGUCCCGUUGCAAAAGCAGGCCACUGAUAAGGUCACGAAUGGUUUCCAGUUUGGAAUUGGCUACGAGUUCGUUUAAGCCGAGGAGGAGUUAUGUUACUUAGCCUAUAUAGAAGCCCGAGAGUCCCCCACGAACACAAAAGCGCAAUAAUAAUGGUGCUGCCGAACAAUAGUCACAUUUCAAUUUUACUCUGCUAUUUUGUUGUAUUUCGUUGUCAAUGCAUUUUCAUCCUAAAAUU